GUGCUGGCUGCUGCCCGUGCUGCCAGAACCAUGAGGGGCCUCUCUGGUCCCAGCCUCGUGCUCUGCGGCCUGCUGCUGCUGCUCCAGGCUCUGUGCAGCCCUGGCCUCGCCCCCCAGUCCAGAGGCCAUCUCUGCCGGACGCGGCCUGCGGACCUGGUGUUCGUCGUCGACAGCUCUCGCAGUGUGCGGCCUAUAGAGUUUGAGAAGGUGAAGGUAUUCCUGUCCCAGGUCAUUGAGUCGCUGGACGUGGGGCCCAAUGCCACCCGGGUGGGCUUGGUCAACUAUGCCAGCACCGUGAAGCAGGAGUUCCCGCUGCGGGCGCACGUCUCCAAGGCUGCGCUGCUGCAGGCCGUGCGUCGCAUCCAGCCGCUGUCCACAGGCACCAUGACUGGCCUGGCCAUCCAGUUCGCCAUCACCAGAGCCUUCAGCGAUGCAGAGGGCAGUCGUUCCAGGUCCCCCGACAUCAGCAAGGUGGUCAUCGUGGUGACGGACGGGAGGCCCCAGGACAGCGUGCGGGACGUGUCUGCGCGGGCUCGGGCCAGCGGCGUCGAGCUGUUCGCUAUCGGCGUGGGCCGCGUGGACAAGGCCACGCUGCGGCAGAUCGCCAGCGAGCCGCAGGAGGAGCACGUCGACUACGUGGAGAGCUACAACAUCAUCGAGAAGCUGUCCAGGAAGUUCCAGGAGGCCUUCUGCGUGGUGUCAGACCUGUGUGCCACGGGGGACCAUGACUGUGAGCAGGUGUGCAUCAGCUCCCCCGGCUCCUACACCUGUGCCUGCCGCGAGGGCUUCACUCUGAACAGCGAUGGCAAGACCUGCAAUGUGUGCAGUGGCGGUGGUGGCAGCUCGGCCACUGACCUGGUCUUCCUCAUCGAUGGAUCCAAGAGUGUGCGGCCAGAGAACUUUGAGCUGGUGAAGAAGUUCAUCAAUCAGAUCGUGGAUACGCUGGACGUGUCAGACAAGCUGGCCCAGGUGGGGCUGGUCCAGUACUCAAGCUCUGUGCGCCAGGAGUUCCCCCUGGGUCGCUUCCACACCAAGAAGGACAUCAAGGCAGCUGUGCGGAAUAUGUCCUACAUGGAGAAGGGCACCAUGACCGGGGCUGCUCUCAAGUACCUCAUUGACAAUUCCUUCACUGUGUCCAGUGGGGCUAGGCCUGGGGCCCAGAAGGUGGGCAUUGUCUUCACUGAUGGCCGGAGCCAGGACUACAUUAAUGAUGCUGCCAAGAAGGCCAAGGACCUUGGCUUUAAGAUGUUUGCUGUGGGAGUGGGCAACGCCGUGGAGGAUGAGCUGAGGGAAAUCGCCUCAGAGCCCGUGGCAGAGCACUACUUCUACACGGCCGACUUCAAGACCAUCAACCAGAUAGGCAAGAAGUUGCAGAAGAAGAUCUGUGUGGAGGAAGACCCGUGUGCCUGCGAGUCCUUGGUGAAAUUCCAGGCCAAAGUGGAGGGGCUGCUGCAGGCCCUGACCAGGAAACUGGAAGCUGUCAGUAAGCGGCUGGCCAUUCUGGAGAACACAGUCGUCUAAGGCUGCCUGUCGCCACCGCAGCCUCUCCAUCUCCUCACCUCAAGUGUGGCUCCAAGCGUCCUGUGCGUGUGCCCUGUAGCUUCCCUGUAGCUUUGCCACUUUAGUGAGGGAGGCCAGCCUGGGAGUGGGAGGGAGUGUGUCUGGGUGUGCCUAUUGGGAGUGUGUGAUGGCAUCUGGGAGCACCUGUGUGUGCAUGUGGGUGUGUGCCUGAGGGGGGGCAUGAGUCCAGAAGCCAGAAUGUGAGUGUGAGAGUGAUAAUGCAGGGGUGAGUGUGAGAGGGACUGCGUUUGCAUUUUUUCCAAUCAAAAGCUUAAUAUAUUCCCAUUUUUUUUAGUUAACCCUUUGUUGACUCUGAGUGCUGUGAAUUUCUUUACUGAUUUCUCUGUUCUCUGAUGAGAAACAAUGAAAUGUGAUUUAACUUAAGCACUGAAUGGGGCUAGAGGCAGUGUGGUUAUUUGGGGACCAGGGAAAAGGAUGGAUGAAGAUGCUGCGGGAGGGGAUGGCUGGAAGGAUGGCAACAGUGGUGGAGAUGGUGAUGACAGCAACCACAGCAAAACCGGUGAUGUUUGUCCUGACUUUCCGGUUACGAAUUUAUUUCACUUCCCAGUAACCCUACCCAGAAAAAGCUCAAAUCAUCCGCAUUACAAAUGGGAAAGCUGAGAGUCUGAAUGAUGAAAUGACUUGCUCAGCAGUGGGUCAGUUGGAGAGACAGGACUUGAAUCUAGGACCGAAGAACAUCAAAAGAAAAAGGCAUCAGGGAAGAAGGGCGGUGACAUCAGAUAGGACUCAUUUGUUCAUUCAUUCAUUCAUUCACUCAUUCAUUCAGGUACCAUGUACUUCCAGAGCAGUGGGGAGGAUGGUGGUGUAUGAGACAGACAUAGUCCCUGCCUACAGGGGACUUUGAGUUGAGCAGUGUGCUCAUGUCACCCCACCCCAGCUAGAGGAAAAGAGCGUGGGUUUAGGUUGUACCAGGGCCUUGUGCCUCCUCUUGGUACCUGGGAGCCCAUGGGGUGACAGUGUGAGUGAGCUGAUGGGAAGGGCUCCAGCCUGGGCUUGGGCUGCCCUAGGUGCCUCUCCACUCCCGCCCCAGCAUACCCUGUUGGAGUUCUGUUUGUUUCCUGUCUAUUGGCGGCUUCACCCCAAACCCAAAACCCCCAACACAGACGGCAGCAGCCCCACCUCAGAAACCACACAAAGGAAAGACUCCCGGCCCCAUGUUCCCUUCCUCCAGCCCUACUUGGAGUCUGCAGGUCAUACUGUGAGAUCUCAGCCACCUCUCCCAGGCCCCUCUGGACUGGUGCCCCUCCGGAAUCUCCAUCUCUGGCUUCUCAGAAGGGGAGCUCUGGUGAUUUUGUGAACCUACCCUUGUUUAAUAGAGCAUUUGUAGUGUUACUACUAGUUUCACGCUUGAGAGCAUGUCUAAAAGGCGUUUACAAGAAGCUCAGAACACACCGAAAGAUCCUCUGCAGAGGCAGUUCAAAGAGGCAGAAUAACACCACCGACAGUACCCAAGAGCCACAUCCGCACAACAGCACAACGACAGCUGAGUGAUUUAACCAGGACACAGCCACACUCUCCCCCGUGACCGCACUCCACCUCCUGUGUGGUUCACCAAACCCUUUCUCUGUGCCUGUCCCUGGGAUAGGAGUUUUUCUGCUGCCCAAGGAGGUUCCUUGUCAUAGCUACCCAAGAAGUAAUUACUUUGCCCAUCCUUCCUUUCUUCUGAGAUUAUCCACCCCCCUCCUCACCACACAGGUGGGUCGAGGGAGAGGUAGGUGAGCUGACGUGGACGGAAAAGGCUCAGCAGUGUUUCUCCAAGGAGGAGGAGGGGGUCGUUAGCCGAUACCAUCGCCUGGGAGCUGGUGGGCAGAAGCAGCGGAUGUCCCUGAUGAGUGGAGUGAGAGAUGGGGUGGAAGCCCUGUCCGGGAAUAGGACCUCGUUCUUCCCUGCCCGGUGAAUGGUGUAGCUGGCAGGAUCUUGUCACCAGGCUCCGAGGAAGGCAGGGACCAGCUUCUUGGGGUCUUUCCAACCCAAACUCUUGCCCUUAACUCAUCAGUGUUCUCCCACGGCUACUCCAGGUCCUCAUGAAAUCUGUCCUGUCCAUGGACUUCCCACGUCUCUCUCUGCUCUAGGUCUGAUUUACAGAAGGUUUUAAAUGAAUCCCAGACAGAAAGAAAAUUGGCAUCUCCCUAGGGCAGCUGUGGUCUACUGACAGAUGGCACGUUACUUUGUAACCUAUAAUUUUGUUCUUUUUUGAAUUUUGUAUAAAUAGGACUAAACUAA